UGGAACACAUGAAGCCGGCAAACGCAUUUUAUUUUUUAAUAUUGAAAUGAAUUACUACGUCUGUCUGCACCAGGAGGGAAUAGCUAGCAUAGCUAAAUUGAUUCAAAAAGCCCAUACGAACAACUACAAUGUGGUCGCUACAUCAAUCAACGCCAAUAUGCUGCCCAUGGAUCCAUUCGAAACAGAUCCCACAUAUCCGGCAAUCGCAUUGAGCGCCCUCGAGUGGAACUCUAAGGUGAUUUUUGAGCUGUCCGAUGUUGAGGUCGAUUCGCCCAAUCCCAAUCUUCGCGAAUAUUCCAAAGCAGCGCUGCUGCGCGACAUUACAUGGGCAGAGCACUUGCAGAAUAACGGCAGCGUCAUGGUUCGCAUUAGGGGACCAACAAAUGACAAUUUGGCCGAGAUUAUCCAGUCAAGGACGAAAGGUAACUGGUUCAUUCAUGUUCCCAUUACAAAUCCGGAGCUGGCCACAUUUGAGCAUCGCACAGACGCAACAGAAUCGGAAAUUGAAAAGGCGCAACAAGUCGAUCCCUGGAGUUGGUGGAAUGAUUUACGUUUUGCCGUCAAGCACAAUGCAAAGGUGAAAGUGGUGCUGGAGCUCACUGACUCGGAUCGACCCAGCAGGGAGACUGUCCGGCGUUGGAUCGGCGAGCCCAUAGAGGCAAUAAUAAUUCCAUCCAGUUUAUUUGUGUUAAAUCGCUCCAACUUCUAUGUGCUGCACAAGGAGUGGCAGACAAUUAUUGGCCACUUCAUCUCGGUGCGCGCCAACAUUAUUAUCUCCACAAAGCCCAAUGAUAAAGCCAUUUCACAGUAUGCGGACUACAUGAAAAAGCUGAUCAACGAUAAUUGCGAUACGCACACCUUGAACAACUAUGAGAAUAUGUUGGAGAUUCCGCUACAGCCACUAUGUGAUAAUCUAGAUAGCUACACCUACGAAAUUUUUGAAACAGAUCCCGUUAAAUACAAAGUCUACCAGGAUGCUGUACAGCAGGUGCUGUUGGAUCGCGUCAGUGAGGAAGAGAGCAAGCGUAAGCUGACGGUCAUCAUGGUCUUGGGCGGCGGACGUGGUCCUUUGGCCCGGGCGGUAUUCAAUGCCGCUGAGAUCACCAAGCGUAAAGUGCGCGUUUAUAUUAUUGAAAAGAAUCCUAGUGCAAUACGCACACUCUCCAACAUGGUCAAGACACUAUGGUCCAAAAAGGAUGUUCACAUUUUCUCCAAGGAUAUGCGGGACUUUUCGCCGCCCGAACUAGCCGAUGUGCUUGUCUCCGAGCUACUUGGCUCAUUUGGCGACAAUGAGUUGUCGCCCGAAUGCCUUGAUGGCGCUUUGAAGUUGCUCAAGACGGAUGGCAUAAGCAUACCCUGUAAAUCCACUUCGUAUAUCAAUCCAAUCAUGUCCGCUGUGCUGCACAGUAAUGUUUUCCAGUUGACGUCCACGGUGUCCGCCUUCAACUGUGGCUACGUCGUGCUGCUGAAGAACAUUUACCACAUCGAUAAUCCGCAGGCUCUGUUCGAGUUUACGCAUCCCAAUCGCUCAACCACAAUUGACAACACGCGGCACAAACAGCUGUCGUUUAAGGUGCAAAAAGAUUGUGUGCUGCACGGCAUUGGGGGUUACUUUGAUACCGUGCUCUACAAAAAUAUUAGCCUGAGCAUUAAUCCCCUAACGCAUACGCCGGGCAUGUUCUCCUGGUUUCCAAUGUUCUUUCCAACGCAACCUCAAACUGUGAAGGCAGGCGAAACGAUUUCCAUCGAAUUCUGGCGCUGUGUGGAUCCAGAGAAGGUCUGGUAUGAGUGGCAGAUAACUGAGCCUGCUGACGCCGAGCGCCACAAUGUGGGUGGCAUGGGUUACAACAUGCGCUUAUGAGGUUGACGACUCAACUGCAAUAUACUACAAGGCGAACUUUUUUUUUUUUUUUUACAACGGAGAUGGUAAUACAUCUUUAUUAACGUAAUGCAUAAUAAUCAAAAUGUAAUAGAACCGAAAAAAAUAACAACUCUAUAC